AUGCGUUAUGAUUGGCUAACACUAUUCCUAUUUGGGACGGUCCUCGCCCGUAACAAAGGUGAAGGAGAUGCUAUAUUGGUGAUUUUAGCUUGUGUAGCUCUGGCGGCUGCAGCUCCUCAGGCUCAACGCCCAGCAUCAGUACCAAACCCCGACGAUGUUCAACUACUGCGAUACGAAGCUGAGAACGAUGGCCUAGGCUCCUAUAAAUAUGCUUUCGAGCAAAGCGAUGGCACCAAGAAAGAAGAGCAAGGUGAGCUGAAAAAUGCUGGCACCGAUAACGAAGUCAUGUCUGUCAAAGGCUCGUACAGCUGGAUAGCUCCUGAUGGUGCCACCUACCUUGUGACUUACGUUGCUGACGAGAACGGAUUCAAUCCCACGAUAGAGCAAGGACCAGGAAGCGGUGGUGCAAAUCGGGGUUGA